ACAAAUUUGAAGAAAAUGGUAAACCCUACCCACGUACAAUACUAUCAAUACAAUCCUACCACGCCAGAGGUCUUUAUGCAAAGAGUCAACUGCUCUCGUGUUAUCACCCUUAACAGACCAUCACAGCUUAACUCAGUAACCACCUCCCUUCUUAUGCGAUUAUUAGGAUACUUGAAGACAUGUGAGACCUCCAAUGAAGUUAACCUGGUUAUCUUGAAAGGUGCUGGUAGAGCAUUUUGCACUGGCGGUGAUUUGAAACACUGUUCUGAGGCUUUUGUUGAUGCUCCGGACCCACAUACGGCAAAGGCUAACCUUCAAAGCUUCUCGCAAAUUUACACGCUCCUUCAUUUGGUAGCUACUAUGGAUACACCUAUAGUAACGCUAAUGGAUGGAAUGACAUGCGGCGCUGGUAGCGGAAUUGGCGCUUUUUCACAGUUUAGAAUUGCUACCGAAAACACAUGUGUUGCAAUGCCUGAGGCGACAAUUGGCACCUUUUGUGAUAUGGGCAGUAGCUAUUACAUGUCUCGCUUGGAUGCAAACUUGGGUACCUAUUUAGCACUCACGGGCAGAGUAUUAAAAGGAGAAGAUGUUUAUUUGGCUGGCUUUGCUACUCACUUUGUGCCUUCCUCCUCGUUAAAGGCAUUAGAGGAGCGCCUUACUCAGAUAACAGAGCCAACAUUAGAUUUGAUUAAUGAUGUCAUUGAAGAAUAUGCUGUCGGCCCAAACCAUAAGCCGUCCAGUUAUAUGAUGCAUGGCCAGCGUUUAGAAAAGAUAAACGAAUGGUUUCGCUACGGUACUGUUGAGGAAAUUGUCGAUGCGCUUCGAAGAGAUGGAUCAAAAUUUGCACUUGACACUAUGAACACCAUUCUAUCUCAUUCUCCAACCUGUCUCAAAAUAACUCUAGAAUCAUACAGAAGGGGUAAAAACAUGUCUCUGUUGGAGUGCUUGGAAAUGGAAUAUCGAAUCUGGCAUAUAACACCUUAUUUACCCGAUUUCAAAAAUGGUAUAAAAGCCAAAUUGGUUACAAAACAAAAAAUGGAGUGGACUCCAAGUAGAUUAGAGGAUGUCGACCUGGAAGAAGAUAUAAGGUCAAGAAUAUUCCAUUGCUUCGCUCCGAUUAUAUUUGUUCCUAGUAGCAGAAAAGACUACUUUAAACGCCCUGUCAACUACACGUUACCUACUGAAAGGGAAAUUUUAGAUGCUCUGCUUACACUUGAGCUUAACUCGGCUGAAAAAGUUAUAGAAUGGUGCCAAGCAACUUGUAAGGGAAAGAAGUACGGUAUCGUCGAGAAGGUUACUGACGUUCUUAAUCGAAACAGAAGUCGCUUCAAUAAGCUUAUGGCAAAACUUUGAAUUGCGAACACUAGAUAAAAAUCUUUAGCAGAUAGUUUUAACUUAAUGGAAGUAAAAAUACUUUAGUAAUUUGAUCCCGUUAUUACACAUCAGUUCUUAAUAAAC